AUGAACAGCUUCCGCGCCCACAGGCUGGCCCUCCCACGCGCCAAUGCUAUCAUCAGAGCUGCAGCAAGCCAGAAUGUAGCUCCCAUGUCCGCCGCUCUCGUGGUGGUGCUCCCGAGAGCAGCCUCCUCCCCGUCCCGCAGCUUCCAUACGACGCCCGCGGCCCUCAAGAAGUCCAAAGCCAAGAAGAUGGUCGAGCAGCAAGAGCACAACCCCUCCUCAUCACAAUCAUCGGCCUCGUCCUCCCGAAACUCAGCCUCGACGUCAGCCGCCGACCACGACGACGACGCCGACGCCGCGAGGCACCCCAAGCCCGACGCCGCCGACCCCCUCAACACGGACGACCUCACAUCCCGCUGGGCGGCCCUCGACACGCACUUCCGCGACGCCCUCCGGCGCCUUGCCACGGGCGGCCGCUUCAACCCCGACUCGAUCGGCGCCCUGCCCGUGGCCCCCAACCCCAAGUCCCCCGAGCGCUUCCCGCUGCGCGAGCUCGCCCAGGUCGUCCCCAAGGGCGGCCGCACCGUCGCCCUGCUCGCCCACGACAGGGCCCACCUCAAGCCCAUCUCGGACGCCGUCCAGGCGAGCCCCGACUUUAACCAGCAGCCCCAGCCGAGCCCGGACAACGACCUCGAGCUGCUGCUCAAGGUCGAGCCCGAGCGCAAGGAGGACCUCGUCGCCAAGGCCAGGGCGCUGACCCUCGCCUGGCGCGAGAGGGUGCGCCAUGCGAGCGACCGCAGGAAGAAGGUCGUCGCCAAGUGGGCCAUGCAGAAGGAGAUUGGGCCCGACCUGCGCAAGAGGGUCGAUGCCGAGGCGCAAAAGCAGCAGAAAAAGGUCAUGGACGGCAUCGACCAGGUUGAGAAGCAGACGCUGCAGCAGUUCAAGUAG